AUGUCUAUCAUCUUUACCUUCCCAUUUCAGACCAGCAUCGUCUUCACGCUGCUACCGAAACACUUCAAAACUGACAGCGCUGUCUUUGAUUUUCGACGUCUCACCUCACUGCUCUACGAAGCGGAUGUUGUGCAGAUUGUCUAUCAUGUCUAUGACGGCUGUGGUCGCUUCAAAGGGGCUGGAUCCUACCAGUCGAUCUCCAAUCCAAAGUAUCGCUUCAAGUUGACCAAAGGAUCUCACCAACUCAUCGCAACAAUACUCUAUGCCGAUACUAAGAAGGUCUCUUACUCUGCGAAAGACUCUGAUGCGUUGGACAAGCUGGCGCACUAUCCUCUCCUCGUUCGGUGGCCUCUUGUCGCCUCCAACGCUGCGUCAAUCAGCAAUACCGCCAACCCCACUUCUGCCGAAGGUUCAACGACUUGUCAACUCGUUUUGGAAGUCUCCACUAGUCUGGCCACUUUGGCAUUGGCAGAUGUGGACUAUGAGAGGACCUGUGCGCGGUUCGUUCAAAACGGCGGUGGUGCUCGUGGCGGUGAAAUCGAUGGAGCAAACAAAGCAGGAGGCGAUGACCAAAAUGUUGACUUAAAGUCUCCCAAGAGGGAUCCAAUAUUUGGAAACCUGCAGAAAUUUCCCACAGUACCUGGUCACCUUGCUGCUGGAGAAUGUGUGACAGAGGUCUUUGGGGUGGUUGAGGAGAAGUGA